UGUGGACGAGAUCCACAUCACAUUCAUAUGAUUGUAAAUAAUUUCACGUGUCCCAUGAGUUUGAGGUCGUGGUGAAAAUUGGGUGGCAGUCCUGUUUACGACGUGUUAUUAUAGGGGGGGAAAAAAGGAGAACGGUGUAGUACGUCGUCAAAUACCGGAAAGUUACAUAUGUAUUUCACUGUAUACAGAUUUUGAAAAUAAUUUUGUUCAAAAUUCUAACAGCUAUAUGUAUGGCAUAUUUCUGAUAACAAUUGUAACACUCUCAAUACCUGAAAAGCUUGUAUUCAUUUGUUGGGAAAAGUUGAAUAUGCAGAAAUCACACAAUCACUUUGUAUGUAAAACAUGAAUCCAUCCAUUCACGACGGCUUGGCAGGCAGUGAAGUGGUGUAGUGUUUAGAAUUGCUGGUUGUUGUUGAAGGGGUCUGGUGUUCGAGUCUUGAAUACUUGUAAUAAGUAAUAAUUAUUUUACUUUUUUACCUCCCAGAUCCUCUUAUGGUAAUAAAUUGGAUUUUAUAAUUUUGGCAUGCUGUAACCUGGGUGACAGAAGAUGAAUGAUACACAUCGAGGAGGAGGACGUGGUAGUAAUCCGUGGAACCGGGGUGGAGGGAGAGGUGGUUAUAAUCAGAAUCAUGCUUCCAGAAAGAAACCUAGUCCAGAAGUCUUGGCACAAAAUAAGUUCUAUGAAGCACAAGCACGUCUGCAGGCAUCUGUCCAAAAACAUAUCAAACAAGAAUAUGAUUCUUCAUCCGAAGAGGAAGAACUACAAAGUGACAACAUUCUUGGAUCUGUACUGCAACUCUAUUCACAAAUUGGAGGAAAGAUUGAAGACUUAGGAAGAACACAGCGUUUCUUAGAGGAUGCUUUUCAGUCUGGUGCCGCCUCUUGCCUUAUUUGUAUUGGAUCUGUGAAAAGGAAUGAUGCUAUAUGGAAUUGUGUUGAGUGUUACUGCUUUUUCCACCUGACCUGUGUUCAGCGUUGGGCAAAGGACAGUGUAGCACAUCAGAAACAAGCUCUUGAGGAUCAGCCACGGGGAUUUGCAGUUGUCAGUUUUAAAUGGGCAUGUCCCAAGUGUCGCCAUGAUUAUGAUCAGAAUGAUACGCCUCAGAGAUAUCGCUGCUUUUGUGGUCAGACAGAAGAUCCAUCAUGUCAUCCCUGGUUGGUACCACAUUCUUGUGGGGAGACAUGUGGAAAGGCCCUCCUGCCACUCUGUGGGCAUAAUUGCUUGCUUCUUUGUCACCCAGGGCCAUGUCCACCAUGUCCAAAAAUGGUUAAGACUGAAUGUUUCUGUGGUAACCAGCCACCACGUUUGCAGCGUUGUAGUAACAAGACUUGGUCGUGUGGAUCAAAGUGUGGUCAUACUUUGGGAUGUGAACGGCACGCAUGUAUUGAUGUGUGUCAUCCAGGGGCAUGUCCACCCUGCCCCAAGACAAGUGUUCAGAGUUGUGAGUGUGGUCAACAGAAAGUUCUGCGACCUUGUGCUACUCCAAACUGGCAGUGUGAACAGAAAUGUGGUGAAGCCCUCAGCUGUGGUAAUCACAAGUGUGCAAGAGAUUGUCAUUCUGGUUCAUGUGGUCCGUGCCCAUUAACUGAGGCCCGCUCAUGUCCAUGUGGGAAGGCUUCUUUUAUUCUACCUUGUACACAAGAGACGCCCACCUGUGGGGACACCUGCGGGCAUACGCUUGAGUGUGGAGCUCAUGUCUGUUCACGAAGCUGUCACCGUGACAAAUGUGGUAGUUGUUUAAUGGUGGUAACAAAGAAGUGUCGUUGUGGUCUUCAUAGCAAGGAACUGCCCUGUCAGAAGGAAUUCCUAUGUGAAACCAAGUGUAAACAAACUAAAGACUGUAUGCGGCAUCCCUGCAAUCGUAAGUGCUGUGAUGGGAAUUGCCCACCAUGUGAAAAGCCAUGUGGUAGAACUCUGCAGUGUGGAAAUCAUAAGUGCACAUCUGUAUGCCAUCGUGGGCCCUGUUAUCCCUGCCCAUUGACUGCAGAAAUAAAGUGCCACUGUGGACUGACAGUACUUACUGUCCCGUGUGGACGCAAGAAACAGACUCGACCGCCACGUUGCAGCAAGCCAUGCAGUGGUCUUGGUCCCAGCUUGAUCUCAGCCAGGAGGAUAAAGCCUAAUUGUCACCAUCCCAGUCGAGAGCCUCAUCGCUGUCACUUUGGUGAUUGUCCACCUUGCCAACAAGUGUGUGGGAUGUUACUAGAUCCAUGUAAGCACAAAUGUCCAGCCCCGUGUCAUUCUGCUGUGUGGGUUAAGGUAGAAGAGGAUCAAAAGAAGCCAGUCGGUCCAUGGGACAAAGUGCAGCCACAAGUGGAGUUAAAAGCUUUGCCUUGUCCUAGAUGCAAGGUACCAGUGCCAGUAAUGUGCCUUGGCAGUCAUGAGACACUUGACUGGCCCUGCUACGUCGCAAAUCCUACAUCAUGUGAACGCGAGUGUGGGCGAAUGUUGAUGUGUGGGAACCAUACCUGUAGGCUGCUGUGUCAUACAGUUGAGGGGGCUCCCAAUGAAACAGCUGCUGGAGAUAAUUGUGAACAGUGUGAGUUAGGUUGCACGAAGCCUCGUCCAGAAGGUUGCACACACAUCUGCCAGAAGCCUUGUCAUUCAGGGGACUGUCCACCAUGUUCCCACAUGUUGCGUGUGCAGUGUCACUGCAGCCUCGCCCAGUUGUAUGUACGUUGCAGUGAAUGGACAUCUGCUGAGGAUGACAAGAAACAGGCCCUGACAAGUUGUGGCAAUCAGUGUCCCAAAAAUUAUGAAUGUGGACAUCGUUGUCGUAUACUAUGUCACCCUGGUGAUUGCCCUGACCCAGAUAUGUGUCGGAAAAAGGUAAAACUCACUUGUCCCUGUCGUCGGCUUAGAAAGGAAUUUCCUUGUGAUGUAGUGAGAACAGGCCAUGCCAAAGUUGACUGUGAUGACAUCUGCAGGCAGAAGAAAGAACAAGAGAUGAAGAUAAAGGAGCAAGAGAAAAUUAAAAAGCAGUUGGAGGAGGAACGCCAGAAUCAGAAGGAAGUGGAAAAAUUCCUGAAAAAGUUCCAGGCUCGCAAGAAACACCGCGAACGUCACCGCUUUGAAGAACAAGACUCUAGUUCCUUUUUUGCUCACUACUGGGUGUUGUUAUUUAGUUUGUUAGGGGUAUUAAUGGCUUUUUACUACCUGUUCCUAUCAUAGGUAUAGAUAUGAAUAUGCAAAUGGCUAUAUCUUAUACAAGCAUUUUCAGUUAGAGAUAAUGUAUUAAACAUACAUAUUGUAUGUGGGGAAUGUGGAUAUACAAGUAGAUACUUAACUUUUCAUUUGAUGGUAUAUUAAACAGACAUCACUAAAAAAAUAAGAGACAAGUGUUUAUUAUUCAUAAUUUUCAGUAAAUGAUCUAUGUUAAUAACCAUUCUCAUUACUAUUGAGAUAUAUAUAUAUAUAUAUAUAUGUAUGUAUAUUUACAGUAACACAAGCUGCUCACAUGACUGUACAUUCAGUUGGUUGUUGUAACAAAGUGCUUGCAGGCUGAUUGGUUAUUAUUUACAGGAAUGUACACUUCAAACAUGCAUACUGCUCAAUCAACUAUACUCAACUAUGGCAGUUUUCCAGAUGGGAAAUAAUAUUAUUAUUACACAGUAUGUACAAAUGUGGCUAUAUUUAUCGCACAUUGUGUAGAAGUAGUGCAGAUAACUUUAAAAUGUAAAAUAUGGCCUAUAUAUUGUACACAAUAACAUUCUUACACACAUACACACAUGUAUACGCAUUCACAGAAUAAAAUACGAAAUAUGUGGAGCAUAUGUACUACCGUAUACACAUUUGCUUCGAUGUGAAAAGCUAAGAAUGAUACUGAUCUUAAUCCUUGUAAGUAUCAGGUCAUAUUUUGUCAUAAAACAAAAAUCUGUUACUUUAAUGAGGGAAUAACAAGUUGAAAUAUUGAUGCAUUUUUGUAUUUUAAUGUGAUCUUAACUUGUCUACAGUGGUCUUCUGGGUUGUGAUGCUCUGUGGUCUUGUACGCAGUUACCAGUGUCUUAGAGAAACAUAUCACCUCCAUCUGUAACCCAGAAGACCAUAAAUAACAUUUUCACCUUCAUGAGAACAACAAAUUGCAGAUCAUUUAAAUUUGGUUUAUUUUCUUAUGACAGAACUUAAAAAAAGGAGCAUUACCCAUGGGCAAAUCCAACUGGUUGUUUCUUUCAGGCAACAAAUCCUUGUGCGCACACAGAGUAGUGACGAAUUCUGAGAUAUUAACACAUGGAAGAAGAGUACCUUUCAGCCAUUACCAGCUGAUUUCUAGAUGGUCUAUGACAAAAUGUUGUUUCAUUUAAAUAAUUUGUUCUUUGAUUUUGCUUUUUUAAGGUAUGGAUUUCUUAACUCUAAGCAACAUUUUAGAUUGGUACUUAUCAGUUUUGUCACUGUGAUGUUUGUGGAUGGGAACCCGUGGUUGGUGCUCAUGUUUUCAGUAUGCACACAUUUUGUUCGGGUUCACUUGCUGCCUUCACAUGUCAACCUAUAAUCAUUGUGAAAUUAAAUAAUAUUUACACAAAUGAAGCUAGAUUUGCAAAACUUCAGUAGACUACAUGUGGCAGAGAUGGCUUCUUUCUGUGAUGUAGUGUUGGACAUUAAAAUUGCAGAAAUAGGUAUGCAAAUUUAUUACUUGCACAUUAAAAAGUAUUUCAAAUUUAGUAAAACUCAAGAGGCCUUGCAAUGGGAUGAUCAUUUGUCCAAGGAGUCCUACCAAAUGUCUAACAGAUCAAGAAAGGAUGCCCCUAUGUUCCACAUAGGAGCAAAAAGUGUAUAAAGAAGUGUAUCUAUGCUUACAGCCUGCUGUUUGUUUGUUGGUUUAUUUAACAAUGUUUUGUCAAUGGGACAUCAAAUGGCUGGAUUGCCUGAAUGAUGAAAUAGCAAAAAUGUGGAAUAAAACAGUCAUGGCCUGUUUUAAUGAUUUAUUCCCACAUUUGCUUGGAAGGAAUCGGGAAAAGCUAAAGUCAGAAUAAAUGGUCUCCAGGCCCCAAUUCGAUCCCGUGACCUAAAUAUGAACAAUAGAAGUGUAUUACUGUAGAUGAUGGAUAAUAACUGCCGUAAAAUAUCACCCAGAAAUUGAACCACAUUCUUCAGAACAAAGGUCACUAAUGCCAUCAAGCAAUAAUCACAAAAUAAAAAAGGCAUCACAGAAGGAAACACAUGUUAAGACUUGGGAUUAUCUGUUCAGAUUCCAUUAUUUCAUCACAUACUGAGACCAUAACAGUACAGAGGGUUCAUGUUUUUCUUGUAAUACCCAGAAAGUGACUGCACAAAGUAUACCUUUUUCGUAGAAGCGUAACUUUUUACUGAGGACCAGAAAAAGGUGCUGAAUAAAAUUUAACUAAUGGUUUCAGAUUUGGAAUAGAACGUAAAUCACUUUGUCCCUUGCACUCUUAAUACUAAACUCAUUUCAUAUUCAGGUUCCUACAAGUGACUGAUCUAUCAUAAAAAUAUAUUCUAAUAUAUACAUAUAUAACAAAUGAAACACAAUUUACCAGUGUUCAGAAUUUAUAUAACAUAUAUACUAAUAAAAUUUUUAAAAUAAGCAUAUAGAAUAAACAUUCUUUCAAAUAACUAUAAGAAACAUAAGUCUACUAUUUCAAUAAUUCCUCCAAUACAAGAAUCUGGGUGUGUAAGGGCAGAAACUAUUUGCAAAUCCUAAAGGUUUUGCAGUCUAUAUCUCAGAAAGUCCUGCCAAAAUCACAUCAUCUGUGAUGAUAACCACCUCAAAGUUGAAGCAGCAUUUCUAACAUGAUUUGUAUUCGCUGGCUCAUCAAGUACAGAAAGUUUAAUUUCAGAGCAAUGUGUUAGUUUUUCAAUGAAAAUACAGAAUAUACAAUUCAGAGAAUAAAACUGCAUAAAACAGUAUGCAUUUACAAAAAGUUUAAUUUCUAAGCUGUGUGUGUGUGUAAGAAUUUUUGAGGAAAAUAUAUAUAUACUUAUAUAAUUCACAGACUAAAAUUGUUUAAAAUAAUAUACACAUUUGCUCCUGCACACUUAUACAUCCACUCUACACUACACAAGAGAGCCCAUAUUCAGUCCUCCACUCUUCGGUUGAGGGGAAAAAAUAUAAGUUGCACACCAUACACAUUUUUCUAACCCAAAUUAAUGGCUAGUGAACACAUGUUCUCACACAUUUUCUAUCUGAUGAAAGUAAAACACUUAACUGCAAAAAUAUGCAGAUAAAACACUUUAGAACUGAAAAAAGUAGUAUUAAAAAGAGAACCACAAGAAAAAGUAGUCGCAUGUGAAGGCUGUGACCCAAUGCAAAGUGUACAACUGUACUGGUGUUUGUUGAUUUGUAUGGGAAAAUGUAAUUUCCACACACUGUACAAAGUACAUAAAAAAGUUCACUUUCAUGAGA